AAGCGCCUCCUCCCAAGCGAGAAGUCCGACCGACCCGACAAUAAGGCCUGUCUCCGCACCUACGGCAUCAUGCGAACCUUCUUCAACAAAGCAUCUACAUCUCCUGACCCCCUAGUCGAAUACAAGGAGAUGUUGGAGACCGAGGCGACGCUGCGUCAACGGCUGUGCGCCUUGUCGAAGGAUGGCUCAUUGCCUGAGCAAGUGCAUCAUCACCUUGAUCAGCUAAGGGAGGCUAUUUCGGGGAUGAUUUCGAUGGGUUCCGACGCCGUCGAAACGAACAUGCAGGACGAGGAAGGGGAGUCACUGAUGGAGCGACCGGGCCCUGUAAAGCUGGUUCCCAUUACCAUGGUCCAAAAGAUGCGCGAGGUGUUGAAGGAGGAGCGGGAGAAGACUAGAAAACUGAACGAGGAGAACAAUAGCUUGGCGAGGCAAUUGAGG